AUGAGCGGCACUAGCUGUUGCUUUAACCAUUACUGUUCUGAAACUCUCUCGGUCCUCCACCAAAACAAACCCUUGUCCUUGUCUCUCUCAAAACCCAACCGUUUGCGCCUCUUCUUUUUGCAAACUAACAAAAGAAGAAACCCAAAAAGAAUCACCUCUUCUUCCUCCUCCUCCUCCAUUCGCUGCUGCAUACGCAAAGAAACAACCGCCACCCAAUCAGAGAGGAAAGUGAUAACAGGGAAUGGGAAGGCAGGAAAACGCACGGACUUGAAGAAAAUCUUGAUUCUUGGUGCUGGACCCAUUGUGAUUGGCCAAGCUUGCGAGUUCGAUUACUCUGGUACUCAAGCAUGCAAGGCUUUGCGAGAGGAAGGAUAUGAUGUUAUUUUGAUUAACUCCAACCCUGCCACUAUCAUGACCGACCCGGACAUGGCUGACCGCACUUAUGUUACGCCAAUGACGCCAGAGGUCGUUGAACAGGUGGUGGCUAAAGAACGUCCCGACGCAAUUCUUCCCACCAUGGGAGGCCAGACAGCGUUGAAUCUUGCUGUGGCUUUAGCGGAAAAUGGGGUUUUAGAGAAAUAUAAUGUUGAAUUGAUUGGAGCGAAAUUGAAUGCAAUUAAAAAAGCUGAAGAUAGAGAUCUUUUCAAGAAGGCUAUGGAGAAUAUAGGGCUCAAAACUCCGCCUUCUGGCAUUGGGGGCACGUUAGAGGAGUGCGUUCACAUCGCGGAGGAAGUUAUUGGGGAGUUUCCUCUUAUUAUUCGGCCUGCGUUUACGUUGGGUGGAUCUGGAGGUGGAAUUGCUUACAAUAAAGAGGAGUUUGAGGCUAUUUGUAAGGCAGGGUUAGCUGCUAGUGUAACUUCGCAGGUUUUGGUGGAGAAGUCACUGUUGGGGUGGAAAGAGUAUGAGUUGGAAGUAAUGCGUGAUUUGUCUGAUAAUGUUGUUAUCAUUUGCUCCAUUGAGAAUAUUGAUCCAAUGGGUGUGCAUACAGGGGAUUCAAUUACUGUGGCUCCUGCACAGACUUUGACUGAUAAGGAGUACCAGAGGUUGAGAGAUUAUUCCAUUAAGAUUAUAAGGGAGAUUGGAGUGGAGUGUGGAGGGUCUAAUGUGCAGUUCGCUGUUAAUCCUGAGGAUGGUGAGGUUAUGAUAAUUGAGAUGAAUCCUAGGGUGUCUAGGUCUUCGGCUUUGGCUUCCAAGGCUACGGGUUUUCCCAUAGCCAAGAUGGCUGCUAAGUUGUCGGUGGGGUAUUCAUUGGACCAGAUUCCUAAUGACAUCACUAAGAAGACGCCUGCGAGUUUUGAGCCUUCUAUUGACUAUGUCGUGACUAAGAUUCCCCGAUUUGCAUUUGAGAAGUUCCCUGGUUCUCAGCCAAUCCUGACAACCCAGAUGAAAUCUGUUGGUGAAUCUAUGGCAUUAGGCCGAACAUUUCAAGAAUCAUUUCAAAAAGCUGUUCGAUCAUUGGAGUGUGGCUACUCAGGAUGGGGAUGUGCACAAGUUGCUGAACUUGACUGGGACUUGGAACAAUUGAAAUACAACCUCCGAGUUCCAAAUCCAGAUCGCGUUCAUGCCAUUUAUGCGGCAAUGAAAAAGGGUAUGAAAGUUGAUGAAAUCCACGAACUGUGUUUGGUUGAUAAAUGGUUCCUCACUCAGCUUAAAGAGCUGGUGGAUGUGGAACAAUGUCUUAUGGCUAGGAGUUUGUCUGAUCUGACGAAGGAUGACUUCAUUGAGGUGAAAAAGCACGGUUUCAGUGAUAAGCAGAUAGCAUUUGCUACUAAAUCAACAGAGAAGGAAGUCUGGUUACAACGGAUUUCUUUUGGAGUUACCCCGGCAUAUAAAAGGGUUGAUACUUGUGCUGCAGAAUUUGAGGCCAAUACUCCCUACAUGUACUCCUCUUAUGAUGCAGAGUGUGAAUCGGCUCCCACCAAAAAGAAAAAGGUUUUGAUUUUAGGUGGAGGACCCAACCGUAUAGGUCAGGGAAUUGAGUUUGAUUACUGUUGUUGCCAUACAUCUUACUCUCUCCAGAGUGCAGGAUAUGAGACAAUUAUGAUGAAUUCAAAUCCUGAAACAGUGUCCACAGACUAUGACACAAGCGAUCGUCUCUACUUUGAACCCUUGACAGUUGAAGAUGUUUUGAAUGUAAUUGAAUUGGAAAGACCUGAUGGGAUCAUUGUACAGUUUGGAGGCCAAACACCCCUGAAACUGGCUCUGCCCAUCCAGCAGUAUUUGGACGAGCAUAAGCUUCUUAGUGCCAGUGGAGCUGGGCAUGUUCGCAUAUGGGGCACAUCACCUGAUUCUAUUGAUGCUGCUGAGGACAGAGAAAGGUUCAAUGCUAUUUUAAAAGAGUUAAACAUUGAGCAACCGAAAGGAGGCAUUGCUAAGAGUGAGGCUGAUGCUUUAGCCAUUGCAGCUGACAUAGGUUACCCAGUUGUUGUCCGUCCUUCUUAUGUAUUAGGUGGCCGGGCAAUGGAGAUAGUAUAUAGUGAUGACAAGCUUGUGACGUAUCUUGAAAAUGCUGUUGAGGUGGACCCACAACGCCCUGUGUUGAUAGAUAAAUAUUUAUCUGAUGCUGUUGAGAUUGAUGUGGAUGCACUUGCAGACUCACAUGGUAAUGUGGUUAUUGGUGGGGUAAUGGAGCACAUUGAGCAGGCUGGGGUCCAUUCUGGUGACUCAGCUUGCAUCCUUCCCACACAAACUAUCUCGUCUUCCAGCUUGACUACAAUUAGGUCAUGGACUGCGAAGUUGGCAAAGAGUCUGAAUGUUUGUGGUCUCAUGAACUGCCAAUAUGCAAUCACUGUGGGUGGGGAAGUUUUUCUGCUUGAGGCAAAUCCUCGUGCUUCUCGUACUGUUCCAUUUGUCUCCAAGGCAAUUGGUCAUCCGCUAGCUAAAUAUGCUGCUCUUGUUAUGUCCGGAAAGUCACUAAAUGAGAUAGGUUUCAUAAGAGAGGUAAUCCCGGCACAUGUUGCAGUUAAGGAAGCAGUUCUUCCAUUUGAGAAGUUCCCAGGCUGUGAUGUGCUGUUAGGACCUGAGAUGAGGAGUACUGGUGAGGUAAUGGGUAUAGAUUUUCUGGUUGCCAUUGCAUUUGCCAAGGCCCAAAUUGCUGCUGGGCAGAAGCUACCACUUUCUGGCACUGUGUUCCUUAGCUUAAAUGACUUGACAAAAUCCCAUCUUGAAAGGCUGGCAAAGGCCUUUCUAGGACUUGGGUUCAGGAUUGUUUCAACUUCUGGAACAGCUCACUUUCUUGAAUUAAAAGGCAUCUCAGUGGAUAGAGUGCUGAAGCUGCACGAGGGACGGCCACAUGCUGGUGAUAUGCUUGCAAAUGGGCAGAUUCAAUUGAUGGUGAUCACUAGCUCUGGUGAUUCACUUGAUCAAAUUGAUGGCCGGCAAUUGAGGAGGAUGGCCCUUGCUUAUAAAGUUCCUAUAAUAACGACAGUUUCUGGUGCUUUGGCAACUGCAAAUGCAAUUGAGAAAUUAAAAUCCUGCAUGUUUGAAGUGAGGGCCCUGCAAGACUUUUUUGAUGUUGAGCUACAGAAGGUUGAUAGUAAAAAUUUGCAGUCAGCAUCUUCUUCUCUAUGA